AUGGGAUCCUACGAGGAACCGACCCCGGAUAUCAUUGACAUCCAGUCGGACGCCGAGAAAAUCGAACUUUCCAAGGACACUGCCGAGUGUUUGAAGACUGAGCCCUCCAGCUUCUCGUCGUUGCUGCUUUGGAAUGAACAUGGCUUGAAACGCUUCGAGGCUGUCACCUACGCCCGAGAAUAUUACCUGACCAACUCCGAAAUCGAGCUGCUCAAAGCACACAGUCACAAGAUAGCUGACAGAAUUGAACCCGGUUCCAUUGUUGUCGAGUUGGGCAGUGGAUGCUUGCGGAAAACGAAGAUACUGCUGCAAGCACUCGACAACGCGAAAAAGCCGGUGGAUUACUUCGCGCUCGAUCUCUCACGUGCAGAGCUUGAGCGGACGCUGAAAGACGUGUCUCUUGGCACCUUCGAGCACGUUCGCUGUCAUGGUCUGCUAGGGACUUACGAUGACGGCCUAGUGUGGUUGCAACAGUACACUAUUGCUUCGAGGCCGAGAGUUGUGCUCUCACUCGGAUCGACCCUGGGCAGCUUCACACGACCCGAAGCGGCCAAAUUUCUGCGAGGCUUCGCUGCUGCUAUCGAUCAUGCUGUGAAUGGGGCGAUCAGGAGUGAACCUUUGAUGGUGAUCGGAGUGGACGGCUGUAAGAAGGCCGAGCAGGUCUGGCCUGCUUACAACGACGCCGAAGCUAGAAACGACGAAUUCAUCAAAAACGCGCUCGAUCAUGCAAACCAAAUCCUUGGAAAAGACAUUUUUCAUCAGGACGAAUGGGACCGCCAUGGCCAAUGGAACGACGAGCUUGGACGCCACGAACAGUACCUGGUGCCACGGAAGGAUAUCUGGUUCGAGGAUCGCUGUUUGACAGCUGGUGAAAAGAUCUUCAUUGUUGCAAGCCACAAGUACGACGAUAAAGAUCGAGAAGAACUCUGGAAAGGUGCGGGCCUUAAGUUGGUCGAUGGAUGGCAGGUGCCAGAGACAAACUAUGGGCUAUAUCUCCUGUCGGCGCGAGGGGCCAACACUGCCUGA